UAGGUAAGUGAUGGACAUUGCAUGCCGUCUUCGCGUAGCCUCAACCUUGGAUAUGGACAGGUUUACACAAUGUUUUGCUGAAAAAUAAAAAAAUAUAUAUAUCUAAGUUUAAAAAAUAGUGAAGGAGGAUAAAAUACAUGGUGAAUUUGAUUGCAUAGAGGACAAGUGAUUAUGGCUAAGCUACUAGCUGUGUUGGUUAUCUUAGGGAAAAUUUAUUUAUCAAUACAGCAAGAAGACCACUUUGUUGAUGACUCUAUAAAACACCAACCAUCCGUUGAAGAAAAUCCAAACUAUUCUUUUGGUUAUGGAGUUUCUGAUACUCAUACCGGUGAUGUUAAGACUGUUUGGGAAGCUAAACAAGGUGACACUGUAAAAGGUCAUUACAGUGUGAUAGAACCAGAUGGUUCUAUGAGAACUGUAGAAUACUCUGCUGGACCUAAUUCCGGAUUUACGGCAACAGUCAACAAUGAUGGUUUACACAAUAAACCAAUAGCUGAUGCCGACAUUAUGGAAGAUAAAGUUCUGAGAGACUAUGACAGAUAUUAUGACUUUUCGGAGGACACUGAUAUAGAACAAUCAUACAAAGGGAGUGAAAGAAAACGGAAUCGACAUCCAUAUGAAUCAUUAUUUAAAGAUUAUUCAUUAAUGAAACGACCGAAAUACCCGACCGAUUUAGAGCCUAGUGAGUAUACUCACAGCUUUAGCAUCAAGCACCCACAUGAAGAUCUAGAUUCUGAUGCAACUGCAUACAGUCAUGUUGGAUUGAAAUUUGAUCCAAACUGUAAAACGAAACACAAAAAGAAAAACAAUCUUUACACUAAUGUAGACUUAGACUUUCGAAGGCAAAAAUAUCCAUCCUUGACAUCAGACUCUUAUAAUAAUGGCUUUGAUAAGUAUGUUGGUGAUUCGUCUAAUAUGGAAAAGCUUAUACAAAUGUAUAAGCAAAAUGAACAGUAUAAACCUUCAAAGCCAGAGGAAUAUAAUUCAUGGUCAUCUACAAAAAAUGGACACCAAGGCUUAUCAGAUCUACAAUUAGAAGAUACAUAUUCUGACUAUAUUCCUCCAAGACCCAAAAAGAAAUAUAAGCCUCAUAAAACCCCAGAACUGUUUGAGUCUGAAGAUCUCGACGAUUAUGUUUUAGUGCCUAAAAAGAAACACAAAAAACCUUUCAGAGCAGUAGAAUCUUCUGAAUAUCAACCAGAUAUGGAUGAGGCUUAUGAUGAUAAUUAUGACGAUGACAGGUAUCAUAAGCCCCCACGAGGUAAUCACAAAGAAGUUGUACGGAAAAUCGUUAAGAAAAAGAAGCCUGCGAUAAAUAUUUUAGAUAUAUUCGAUAUAUAAGUUAUUUACAAACUAGUUUAGGUACAUUUCGGCAUUAUUUAAUUAUUGGCAUUAUAAAAUAUUAUUUAAGAAUCAUUAUUCUAGAAAUCGUUAAAAUUGUAUAUCACU